UGAUUUAUUUAGGUAACAGAUUGCCGUAUCAAUUGUACACAAAAUACUCCUACAUUUAAUAUUUAAUAAAAAUGUUUACAAUUAAGUGCAUGUUGGCUUCUCCAAUAAAUAAAUAAAUUGUACUUAAUAAUAAUUAAUAAAGUUAAGUGCAUUUUUGGCAGUCAAAUAAAUAAAUACAAUGAUCACUGGGCUUUUGGACUGAAGCAGAGAUGGGCGGUAUUAAUGCUUUACCCCUGGGACCGAGACUCUUAAGUUCACAUUAAAUGUGUGCCAAAGGCAGAGCACUUCAUCCAUGACUGCUUAUGUCAUUUACUACUAACCAGACAUAACAGUUUACAUUACUUAAGCAGUCUGCCAUCGUGUUAGCAAUGGAGAUUAUUUUUCGCCAAAAUGAAACAAUUAAAUGAAGAUGAAGUCACACAGUUUUUGGAUACCGGUUUCUUGUAUGCAUCACCGCCACCGGCGUUUUCCAACUCCUCUAAACUAAACAACACAGGACUCGAUCUUCUUGACCUGUCUCGCGCUGUCCCCCUCGGCUUGGCUUUGGGAGCUUUCAUCAUCUUCGCCGUGGCUGGAAACAUUUUAGUGAUACUGUCGGUGGUGUGCAACAGGCACUUGAGAACUCCAACCAAUUAUUUCAUAGUUAACCUUGCGAUCGCCGACCUGCUCCUGGGCACCACCGUGUUACCCGUAUCAGCCACCCUGGAGAUUUUAGACUACUGGGUUUUUGGAAGAUUUUUCUGUGAUGUCUGGGCAGUUGUUGAUGUGUUGUGCUGCACCGCAUCUAUCAUGAGCUUGUGCGUAAUCUCCAUUGACCGCUAUAUCGGGGUGAGCCAUCCGUUGCAGUAUCCAAAUAUUGUAACGGGGCGCAGAGCCAUCCUGGCUUUGCUCGGGGUUUGGAUCCUUUCCCUGGUUAUAUCCAUCGGACCUCUUUUGGGAUGGAAGCAGCCUCCGUCACCGGACCAUACGGUGUGCGUAAUAAACGAGGAACCCUUUUACGCACUGUUCUCGUCACUUGGUUCCUUCUAUAUUCCAUUAAUUGUUAUUCUAGUCAUGUACUGUCGUGUUUACGUAGUAGCCAAAAGGACAACGAGAAACCUGGAAGCCGGUGUGAAGACAGAAACGAUGAAUUCGGGUGAAAUAUCGCUAAGGAUCCACAGGGGAUCGCAGGACAUCGGUUGCGCAGCCAGGGGUCGCGCGCAUCAGCCGAGGAACUCUCUGACCGUCAAACUUUUCAAGUUUUCGCGGGAGAAGAAAGCUGCUAAAACCUUGGGGGUCGUGGUUGGCAUGUUUACUCUGUGCUGGUUACCAUUUUUCCUCACUUUACCAAUUGUCUCAUUCGACGUCAGCCUCCGACCCCCUGAGACCAUCUUCAAAAUCAUUUUCUGGCUCGGUUACUUCAACAGCUGCCUGAACCCCAUCAUCUAUCCCUGCUACAGCCGGGAGUUCAAGAACGCUUUCGGCCUCAUCCUGAAAUGCAGAUGUCACCGCAGGAGGCGACCGGGUUGGAAAGCAUAUAACUACCAGGGCUCGCACAUCAGCUCCCUUUAUUCACGCCAAGACUCGAAGGACUCUGUGAACUACGGCAGUUACCUAAAUGGCAGCCAGAGGACCCUGUCUUCUGCCAGCCCGAGCCCCAGCUACCACUCCAAAGGUCUGUCACAUUUCCAGGAGGACGGACCUAGAUACGCCCGGAGCAGGACACCUUCUGUUUUAUCCGAGAGUAUUUUGGAUCAUCAUCUUGCGCCUGUGGAAGAAGUCCCCAGCCUGUUUUUAGGCCUUCCAGAUCAUGGUAUUGUAGAUGGCCCUCAAAUGCAGGAAAUGAUUAAAGAUAUGGACUGUGAGGGUGGUUUUUCACCCUGAAGAUUACUUUUGCUUUAAAGGGGACAUAUCAUGAAAAUUCACAGACUUUUUCAUGUUUAAGUGCUAUAAUUGGGUCCCGGUGCUUCUAUCAACCUAUAAAAUGUGAAGAACAACCAAGUAACUUAGUUUUGGUAAACCACUGUCUGCAAGCAUGUAAAAAUAGGUAAUUGAAAUUUGGCUCCCCUUGUGAUGUCAGAAGGGGAUAAUACCGCCCCUUAAUCUGCACUAUCCAACCACUGCACUGUCAUUUAGUGCAGAGAUCAGCUCAUUUGCAUUUUAAAGGACACACCCAAAAUGGCACAUAUUUGCUCACACCAACAAAGUGGCAAUUUAAACAUGUUAUAAUAAAUUAUCUAUUAUAUUUUGAGCUAGAACCUCAUAUAUGUACUUAGGGGACACCAGAUAUUUAUUUUACAUCUUUAAAAACAGUCUUGUGAAAUGUCCCCUUUAAUGACACCACCUCUUCAAAAAACCGGACGUGUCAUCAAACUGCUACGCACAAUUUCAGUUUUGUCUGUCAGGUUGUAGGGACAGCAUUUGUGUGAUGUUAAUUAAAAACGAAGUGCCUUUGCAUAGAAUAUAUUUUCUUUACACUGUGAAAGUUUUUUGUGUGAAUACACUGAUAUUCUGUAAGCACUACAUUAAAGCAAUUUUGCUUAUUUUAUCAUUCA